UCGAACCUUGCCUCCAACAUCAAAAACGUUUCUGUGAUUUAUAGUCGGGCCAACGAUAAAAUUCCCGAUUUGAACCUUAUUAUAGAUACAGAAAAACAACUGGAUGUCCUGAUCAACAAUGCAGGUCUUGGCACAGACCUGAGGAAGACAACAAAACAAGGAUAUGAAAUAAUUUUUGGCGUCAACUUCACAGGGCCAUUCCUUCUGACCUACCUGCUUUUAGAUUUGCUCAAGAAAUCUGCUCCAAGCCGCAUAAUUAAUGUAAGCUCUUUGGCGCAUGCUUCAGUAAGAGAAUCAAUCAUUUCUUUUCAACCAAAUGAUUCAUCGUCCUCAACUGGUGUUAAAUAUCCCAAAUUGGCAAACUAUCAUCUUAGUAAACUUGCUCAGAUCUGGCACACAAAUGUACUGGCUGAGAAGCUAUCUGCAGACAAUGUAACAGCCAAUAGCAUGAAUCCUGGUUAUGUUUAUUCUGGUAUAUGGUAUGCUGACUCCAACCCAAUGAAACAAAUACUUUUGCGAUUUUCUGGUUGGUUAUCCUCAAAGAUUGGUCGUACGUCCAAGAAUGCAGCGUUAACUGUUGUAUACAUGGCUGUUGAUCCAAGUUUGGAGAAGGUCAGUGGCUGUUAUUUCGAAAAUGUUGAGAUUUCAAAGAAUAUGUCUGCAUGUGCUAAGAAUAAAACUUUGGCCCAGAAAAUGUGGGAUGUUUCUAUGGAUAUGUGCGAACUUUCAAAAAAAUUUGAAUAAAAUUACUUAGAGAUAUGAGUUGAGACUUUUCCAGGUAAAACUUAACCUUCUAGUUCUACCACCAGGUAAUAAAAGAUCAGAUCACAAAACGAACUGUGAUUUAAUAUUGUCUGAAUAAGAUGAUCAGAAGGAUUGAAAAUCCAACUCCAACUUGUUUGUGAAAAAUAAUGCCAAUCAAAAGCUGUGCACACCUGAUGCCUGCCGGCUUCAAAGGUUCAUCAGCAGUGAAUGACCACCGAUGACCCCUCUAACCUACAGGUCUCAGGUAUACUGAUAUGUAUGAAAUUUAAAAAAAAAUUUGAAUAAAAUUAUUUGGAGAUCUGAUUUAAAUAAAUAAAAGGACAGAGAUCCAAAUCUAUAUUU